UGCUCCAUUGAAAGCUACCAGUAUCCCAAGACUUGAGUUACAAGCUGCAGUGCUUAGUGCGCGAGUUAGCGUUGCGGUAAAAACAUCUUUGGAUCUUGAAUUUGAUCGAGUGGUUUUGUGGACGGAUUCCCUAACGGUGAUGGGGUGGAUCAAAAGUGAUUCUCGUAGAUACAAGCAGUUUGUUGGACACAGAAUAAGUGAAAUUGACCAACUGACAGAGAUUCAUCAAUGGAGAUGGAUUUCGACUACACAGAAUCCAGCUGAUUUGGCCACGCGUAGAAAGCCGUGUGAUUUCAGUGCGUCCUCUAAAUGGUUCACUGGGGCGCCCUUCCUGAAAUUGGAGGAGGAACAAUGGCCUCAAGAUGAUAAAAAACAAAAAGUUGCAGACAAUGGAGACAUUGAGGUGUUUCAAGUGUUAGUGAACGUUGAAAGGUUUAUUGGAAAUCGUCUGAUUCCAGAGAUGAGUCGUUUUUCCCGCUGGAAUCGACUUGUCAGAGCGACUGCUCAAGUGAAAAAUUGUGCGCAGUUUUGGUUGAAAAAGUGGCGUAAAGCGAAAGAAAAUCUAAAAACAAGUGAAUUACCCGGACUCAAAGUGAGUGAUUUGAUAGAAGCAGAAAAAGUGUUGCUUCAGGAAAUACAGUCAGUGUACAGAAGAGAAAUACAGUGUCUCCAAGAGGGAAAAGUAAUUCCCAAAGAAAGUGAUUUGUAUCAUUUGACGCCGUUUGUGGAUUCUGAUGGAUUAUUGAAAAUGAGAUCACGUUUGCAAAAUAGUGAAGUGCGAGUAAAGUGCCCCAUUAUUCUUCCGCCGAAGCACGUGGGGACAAAGUUGAUUAUUAGUGAUUUUCAUGUUCGGAAUCAUCACCAAGGACGAGAACAAGUUGUAAACAACGUUCGUGAAAGAUUUUAUAUUCCAAGAGUGAGAGUGGCAGUCAAGAGGGCUUGGCAUGAGUGUCAAAUUUGCAAAAACAAACGCGCCCAACCUUUGAUUCCUGAAAUGGCCGUGCUUCCAUCCGCAAGAGUUAAUGAUUCAGUGUAUCCCUUUGUAAAGAGUGGAAUGGAUUAUUUUGGACCAUUAGAAGUGAAGGUGGGUCGUCGUGUGGAGAAAAGAUGGGGAGUAAUCUUCACUUGCCUAGCGACUCGUGCUGUGCACUUGGAAGUCGCACACUCCCUGACGACAGACAGUGCCAUCAUGGCAAUUAGACGUUUCAUGAAUCGACGCGGAUCUAUAACUGAUAUGUUCUGUGAUAAUGGAACAAAUCUUCGAGGAGCUGAUAACGAAUUUCGACGACUUUAUGCAGCCGUAGAUGAAAAGAAGAUUCAGGAAACCUUCUCCGAAAAGCGUGUGGAAUUUCACUUUAAUCCACCAGCCGCACCACAUAUGGGCGGUGUUUGGGAAAGACUUGUCCGUUCCGUCAAAGUUGUAUUGAAAGAGGUCAUGAGGACACGGCAUCCCACUGAUGAGGAGUUGCACACAUUCUUUAUUGAAGUGGAGUAUAUUCUAAAUAACCGGCCUUUAACUUAUGUGUCGAUUGAUCCUGAUGACGAGACUGCCAUCACUCCCAAUCAUUUCUUGAUUGGAAGAUCUGGAGAGAACCGACCGAUUGGGACCUUUGAUGACAGCGAUUUGUUCCUCCGCAAAGCAUGGAGACGAGCUCAGUAUUACGCAGACCAUUUUUGGCGUAGAUGGAUGCGUGAGUACCUUCCCGAGUUGACAAGACGAACUAAGUGGUAUUCUACCACUAAAACUAUCAAGAUUGGAGAUGUCGUUGUUGUGUGUGAUGAACAGUUACCUCGCAACCAGUGGCCCUUGGGUCGAGUGGAAGAAGUAUUUCCUGCCCCUGAUGGGAAAAUUCGUUCAGCGAUGGUAAGAACUCGUUACGGCCUAUACAAGAGACCAGUUGCAAAGCUUGCUGUGCUGGACGUGGAGUAGGUGGGUGCAGGAGCACCAGAGGGGAAAAUGUUGGAAACGCGAGCGCUAACUGGCGGAAAUAUUUGAAGAUUUAUUAUGUAAGCCCUUCCGGCACAUUUGUCAGUCUUUUUGUAGAAAACGUGGCGUGACGUGCAUUUGUGAAUUUUCAUAGGAAAAGAAUUUGCGUAAGUUAGGAUAUUUCCUCAUGUUAAAAAUCUAUUUAAUUUAGUAAUAUUUAUUGGUUAGAUUUGGCUGAACUCCUUGGGAGACGAUCAAGCUAGUCCUGAGUCAGGAAAAAGAGUUAUAUAACUUGGUAGGUUCGAUAAACGAUUGAAAGAAAUUUAAAAUGGCGUCAGGAUAAAAAUUAUUAAUUGAAUUACAGGUUGUAAACUUUCAAAAAGCUUGAGGUUGGUGGAAGCAAACGGAGGCCGUUUGAGAUUAAAGGACCACCAACAUUCAUUCAUUCAUUUGUAAUCAGCCAUUUAGUCAUCGCCAAAGUAAUCAAGUCCUUGCAGUCCGCCACGGGGAAAUUGAGUUAAUAAAAAUAAAUACAGUCCACUAUC